AUGUUUGAGAAUUUAAAAAAAAAAAAAUCUAACUAUUUCUUCAUUACAGAUGUUUCUUUAAAUAGGCCAGCAUUAGAAGAACCCAAAUCAGAUCUUCGGCUUGUUUUGCUGGGUGGAGAUUGUGCUUAUAACUGUUAUGCAUCAAACAUAAUACUCAGGACUGUUCACACAGAAUUUGCCAUCAGUCCAAAAAAAGGCAACAUUAGAGAGGGGACUGUUGAUGGAAGACAGGUGUCCGUAUUUGUGGCUCCUUCCUACUGGAUGGAACAUUUGGCCUCCUAUUUGUUUUUCCGAAAUAGAGUCGAGUCCAUCAGACAUGAGAUUCAAAACUGUACAUCACUGACGUUUCCUGGUCCUCACGCUCUCCUUCUAGUGAUGCGACCUGGACACGCUACUGGGAAAGAACAUUAUCUUUUAAAAGCAAUAACCUACAUGUUUGGAGCUGAGGCUUUACAGUACACUAUGGUGUUGUUCGUUCAUGGACAUGAAUGGGAAAAUCGAGUAGAGCAUCUAAAGAACUGCUGCGUAAAGAUGUGUGGAGCGAGACACUUCAUUCUGGAGAACAGUAAUGAAAAUAUCAAAGAGCUUUUCAAGCAAAUUAAUGCAAUGACACGGAUGAAGAGAAACAGCUUUUUUGUUCAGAAGUCGUACGAAACCGUUAUGAAAAUGUGCUUUGAACCCUGGGAAAGGGCUCAGGUGUCCAAGGUAGCAAAAUUACAAAAAGAACUAGAAGGAACAAAGACCGAGCAAUGUCUAAGGGAGGACAUGGUAAAGGCUGAAUUUGAUUCACCUAGAAUUGAGAGAGAUUUAAGGAAGAAGCUGGAAGCCUCUAGAUCUUAUGAGAGUUUGUUACAGAAGGAUUUGGACAAAGCCAUGUGUAAUAAGACACAGAUAACAGAUGAACUAAAAGCAUCCAGACAUCAUGAGAGUGUGUUACAGAAGGAAUUGGACAGAGCUAUGCGUAAUGAGAGAGAGUUAAGGAAUGAACUAAAAGCAUCCAGACAUCAUGAGGGUAUGUUACAGAAGGAAUUGGACAGAGCUAUGCGUAAUGAGAGAGAGUUAAGGAAUGAACUAAAAGCAUCCAAAGAUCACGAGAGUGUGUUACAGAAGAAAUUGGACAGAGCUAAGCAAAGUGAAAUACAGUUAAGAAAAGAGAUGGAGCAUGUGUUAAAAGUGAGUAAAGCAGAAGUACGCCGCAGCAGCAUUAAUGUUUUACCACCAACAAUGACAGAAGAUCAGAGUAAUGUCACUAGAUGAUGUGGAAGAAAUGUG